ACCAUAACAACAGUUGCCCAUACACCUCGCAUAAACUCAUAAUGGCUUCCAGCACAAUCAUGCAUGGACGAAGAGAAGGGCAAAAACGAGAAUACAACGAUGUACAAGUUAGCGUAAUUCCGGAGGGAUAUGACCAGAGAGAUGUUACAGUUAUACAGCCUGCUGACUGGAACAGGAUUCAAAAUAGUCUUGCUCACUACAACAAGGAAGAAGCGAGGCUAAAAGCUCUACAUGAAGAGAGAGAAGCACUUCAUAACAUGUCAAAGGAAAUGGUCCAACACUGGGGCAAUACAAUCGAAGGCCAAAGAAUAAAAAAGCUACAAGCAAGAAAAAUCAGAGAAGAAAAAGAAGAGGAAGAGAGAGUGAAGAUAGACAUAGAAGAAGCAAAACUGCAAGCACAGAAAAGGAAAGAAGCAAUYGAAAGGGCCAAAACCCAGCAGUACUAUCAGACUGAUAGAGUAAAGACAUUCCAUGGAGCACUUUUGUUGACAGAGGUAAUGAAGGAGAGAGAAGCCCAGAUCAACAUGAAAAAGAGCAAUUUAGAUGCAGAAAAAAUAAGAGAUGAACAUCUAUUGAGGUUGCAGAGAAGGCAAUUAGAAGAGGCAAUACGUCAAGAUCAAAAAAGAGCCCUUCAACGAUAYAAUCAAACCAGAGAUGUUGCUGGUUUUCAACUUUUACAGAUUAAAGAUAAUGUUGAAGAAGCACAUAGGGCCAGACAAUCUGAUCUGAAAGAAGGCAAAAAUGUCAAACAACAAGUUGAAAUGUAUCAAGCAGCAAAAGCAGCCAUUGAGGAAAAGAGAAGACAGGAAAAGAGAGAUCUUAUGGAAGACCAUCAAAAUCAACUUUCAAAAAGAGAGGAACUUCGCAAAGAAGAACUAAAACGACAAGAACARGAAGAUGAGGAAAUUCGUCAAUUUGCAAAUGCUAAAAAGAAAAUGUCAAAGAUGAGGAAGGAAAAGGAGACUGAGUUGUUCAAUGUUUUUCAAGAGCACACAGAACGCAUGCGUAAAAAGCUACAUGACCAAAUGGUUCAAAAAGUUGACAAUGAAGACGAAAGGAUUGCUAAAGCUUUAGCUGAGAGAGAAAAACAAAGAGAGGAGGAGGAAAGAGCAAAGCAAGAAGGAUCUUUGAAAGAGAAAGCAGCAAUUCAUCAGCACCGUGUGUCGACAAUGACAGCCAAAGAAAGAAAGGCGAAAGAGGACAAGCUCAGAGAUGAAGAAAUCUUAAAGAGAAGAGUUGAAUCAGACAAAUUGUUUCAUGCCAAGCAAGAGCAAAAGAGACUUGAGAAAUUAAAAGAAGCAAAACAGUUAAAGAAUUUUCAACUUACACAAGUGGGUGAUCGUCAAGUUCGAGAGACAGAAAUACGAAAAGAAGAUUUACUUAUUGAUGCUAAAAAUGAUAAAACUAUGGAGGAAGAAGAAAGACAAUUUCAAGARUAUGCAGCUAUGGUAAUCCAGAACGCUAAGGUUCGCGAUCGUAAUCCAUAUCCCCUGAUAAAAGCCGCCCAGGAUGGACCCGGUGGUGGGCGUGGCCCAAAGUUUGAUGGAAAAAAUGGUCUUCGCCCCAGCUUUUUAGUAUGUGAUGGUACAGGAGUGCAGCUACCCAACUAUGCCACUGCUACAACCAGUGGACAUCAYACGCGAAUUUACGGAGACCCUGGUAAAAGUCGGAAGAGGCUUGGCUUCACGUGGUGAAAAAAUUUCAGUCAAAUAAUAUUUUACAUGUAARAUAAGAAAGUAUCAUCUUUAGAAGCUUUAUAUUAUAACGUUUGUCAGAUCAGAAUACUUUGAAAAAUCACCAGUGUAAAAUCAAAAAUUGUAAAGUGGUUUGAAUGUAAUCUAUUGCGUCGCAUGCCGUUGUAAGAAUAUUUUUACUGUGUAAUCUGCAUAAAUGGUAAAUAAAGCUUUUAGAAAACUA